AUGAGUGAUCAAGAACCAGAGAUGAAUAAACUAUCAGAGCUCCAAGAAAACAAAGAACACAGUGGUUUGGACACCGCCACCAUUGACCACCUCACCAUGCUCUGCCUCACCAGUCCCACUGAAAACCACCACCACUCGACCACCACCACAGAACCACCUGUCUCAGCACAGGAUCACUACACCAUGUUCGGUAAUGGUUCUAUGAAGAGACAAUCACCCUCUUCAACUUCUUUCCAAGAACCCACCUCCAAGAAACCCACCCUCCAACCGCCCUCCUCCUCCACCACCACCACCACCACCACCACCGAUCACUGCCGUCUCCGCGGCUUCACCAAGCUUACACUUCCCGUCGUAGCUCCUGUUCUCCGCCGCUGUGUCUCUGACCCAGUUAAUUCUCCGGGAAUCAACAAUGGUAGAGCUUCGAACACGCAAAUCACCGGUACUUCCUUUGCCUCGGUUCAAUUCUCGAACCCUCAAUCGGCGGAAAAUUUCAACGUCUCUGUACCGGUGGCAUCUCCAUCUCCGGCUAAGCCGCCUCUUUCCCAAAUAUAUCGCCGGUCGGUGUCUGAUCUGACUUCAUCGGCGUACCAGUUGACCACCACCACUCCGCCACGGGCUCCGGUGGCGAGAACAUUUUCAAGUUCUCCAAGUUCCGUAGAGAUGGGUCCUCAUUCUAUUGAAAGAGACAGUCCUAAUGCUAAGAGGUUGAAGAGAAUGAAGGAUCGGAUGAAAGAGAUGAGCCAGUGGUGUGAUCAGGUCAUGCGUGAAGGUGAAGAAGAAGGCUCUGACCACCCACAAGAUAACAACAUAAACACCCUACAGGUGGGUUNCACCACCACCACCGAUCACUGCCGUCUCCGCGGCUUCACCAAGCUUACACUUCCCGUCGUAGCUCCUGUUCUCCGCCGCUGUGUCUCUGACCCAGUUAAUUCUCCGGGAAUCAACAAUGGUAGAGCUUCGAACACGCAAAUCACCGGUACUUCCUUUGCCUCGGUUCAAUUCUCGAACCCUCAAUCGGCGGAAAAUUUCAACGUCUCUGUACCGGUGGCAUCUCCAUCUCCGGCUAAGCCGCCUCUUUCCCAAAUAUAUCGCCGGUCGGUGUCUGAUCUGACUUCAUCGGCGUACCAGUUGACCACCACCACUCCGCCACGGGCUCCGGUGGCGAGAACAUUUUCAAGUUCUCCAAGUUCCGUAGAGAUGGGUCCUCAUUCUAUUGAAAGAGACAGUCCUAAUGCUAAGAGGUUGAAGAGAAUGAAGGAUCGGAUGAAAGAGAUGAGCCAGUGGUGUGAUCAGGUCAUGCGUGAAGGUGAAGAAGAAGGCUCUGACCACCCACAAGAUAACAACAUAAACACCCUACAGGAUAACUGUGAGGCUGAAGCUGAAGAAGCUAUCCAGGAAGCUGUGUGGGUGGAGAGGAGUGGGGAGGGCUUGGUCAUUCACUUCAAGUGUCCCUGUGGUGAGGGCUAUGAGAUCCUUCUCUCUGGAGAUCACUGUUACUACAAAUUGAUGUAAUCUGAGGCGGACCUGCUCAAUUUGGGUGAAUGCAG